AGCACCUGUAAAGAAAGCACCUGUUAAGAAAGCACCUGUUAAGGAAGAAAAACCUGUUAAAGAAGAAAAGCCUGUCAUGGAGAAAAAGAUGACUAAAGAAGUACCUGCAAAGAAACCAAAUAAUAAAAAGGCAACACCUUCUACAGAAACUUCAGUUAAAGUAGCAACUACAGAGAAAAACGUUGAUAAAAAACAAAAGAAUAAUGAUGCUGGAUCUAAGAGAAAACGCGUUUCAUUUACUGAAUCAGAAAGAUCAGAAAGCAAUGCUGUUGAGGAAGCACCUAAAAAGGAUGCUGUAGAAGAACCAGCUACUAAAAAGAAAGCAAAGAAAGAAAAUAAUAAAAAGGCUGUAACAAAAGAAGACGAUAGCAGUGAUGAAGAAAUGAUUGUAAAGGAUGACGAUGAAGAAGAAGUUGAGCAAGCUGAUGAAGAAGAACUCACUGAAGAGCAAGAAGAGGCUCUUAGAAAAGAGAUUUUGGGCGAUUUAGUUAGUAGUAGUGAGGGUGAGGAUUCUUCUGACGAUGAUAGUGAUGAUAUUGAUGCAAAUGAAGAUAUUGUUAAAUUGGAUGGUAAAAAAUUAGAAGAAAGUAAGGCUGAAACAAAGAAAACUUUUGACAAGAAAGCUUCCCAAUCCAAGGCAACAAAGUCAGAAGAAAAGGGUGUUAUUUAUCUUGGUCGUAUUCCUCAUGGUUUCUAUGAAAAAGAAAUGAAUGGAUAUUUCAGACAAUUUGGUGACAUUACUAGACUUCGUCUUUCUCGUAAUAAGAAAACCGGUAAAUCAAAGCAUUAUGCCUUUAUUGAAUUUGCAUCUAAGGACGUUGCUGAAAUUGUUGCUGAAACUAUGCAUAACUAUCUUUUAAUGGGUCAUUUGCUUCAAUGUAAAUUGAUACCUUCUGAGAAUGUUCAUGAAAAUUUGUUUAAGGGUGCUGAUAAGGUAUAUAAGCCUUUUAACUAUGAACUUCGUAACCGUCGAAUCCAUAAUAAAAAGAGAACUCCUGAUGAAUUUGAAGCAAAGAAAAACAAACUUAUCCAAGCUGAAAAGAGAUUACGUCAACGAAUUGCUGAUGCUGGUAUCGAAUAUGAUUUCCCUUCUUUCUCAUAAAUUAAAUUAUAAAUACGCUUAUUAUAUAUAAAUGUUUUUUUUAUUAUUUUAGAAUAUAUCUUUUUUUUUUUUCUUAAUAAAUUUAUAUCAUUUCCAAAAGGGAAGAAAAACAAUUAAAUAUAACGAGCUUUAAUUUUCUGUUUAUUAUACAGUCAAGUAUCUCUGUAAAUA